ACUUUCACUUUCGGGAAUCUGGGCGGGUCCUUAUAAGCAGGAGCUUUGGUGACACAAUAACCACGCUGACAGCUUUCAUUCCAGUCUUCCAUUCCUGUAACCAGACCCUUUAACUCCUUGUGAGUCUGGGAUUAUACUGUUGUAGGAGUUCCUGGGUCUUCUGUCUUCAUACCUCCAUGGGAUCCCGUGUCACAAUGUCUUGGUGGAUGUUACUGCUUGUCCUAUGUAACCGCUACUGCCAGAGUGAAGAAAUUUCAUGUGGAAUCACAGAGUAUGAGAAAGAUGGCAGAUGCUGUUCACUGUGCAUGCCAGGACUCAGACUAGAUAAAGAUUGUACAGAGAGCAGUGAAACGUUAUGUGUGGCCUGCGAAGAUGGGGAGUAUCAAGAUAAGUGGAACCGAGAAGAAUAUUGUCUCCCCCACCAUAAUUGUGAUGAAAAAUUAGGAUUUCAGAAGAUAAGCGAGGGGACAGAUACGAAAAAUGUCGACUGCGUUUGUCAAGAUGGCAAGCAUUGCUCCAGCCAACAAUGUGAGACUUGUGUGUUGAAUAAUCUCUGCGCUAUAGGAUUCGGAGUCACACGGAAAGCUGAAAGAUAUUCAGACACUGAGUGUGCACCAUGUCAAAAUGAAACCUUCUCUAAUGUUGCAUCGGACACAGAGCCCUGUAAGGAUUGGCAAAGCUGUGCUAGAUCACAACUACAAAUCCUUCCAGGAACUGACAGAACUGAUGUUGUCUGUGGUCCUCGUCCAAAAAAAAACAGUACUUGGAUUUAUAUUGUGGUGGUCCUGUUAGUCAUCAUUGGUCUGGUACUAACCUUCUUUUUUAGAAAGAGACGAAAAGUAAAGAAGGUCAAGGUGAAACAUGAAAUACAGGAGCCACCCGAGAAGGGCAAUGAGGUUCUACUGAAUAUGCCGGAGCCCAACCUUCCUGUAGAAGACGUGGAUGAUCAGGAUAUCACUAUGCAAGGACUGCCUGUGGCUCAGGAGCAGGGGAAAGACUAUCGCAUGUCACAGGAGGAAAAAUGAUGGUAUAUGGUGCUCAAGCAGAACUUAUUUAAAUGGAUGCCUAUAUUUUUAACACCAUUACAGGCGUCACUCAUAAGACUGGAGCCAAAUCGAGAAGUAAUGUAAAUAGAUUGUUAUAGUAAUGUAAAAAUAUUGUUGGCUUCAGGUCACCAUGAGAUUUGUCUGCAUGUGAGAGACCAGCAAAUCAGGGCAAAAUAAAACAUUUCUGUGUGUAAAUACUGAACUGCUCAUAAGGUAUCUAUACACAUGAAGGACAAGACAGUGUUUUCUACGUAGGGCUUUGGAUUUCUCACUUAUCAGGUUGUAUGCAUAUCUACUGCAUAGAACAUCAUGUCUAUUUAAUAUCCAGGUAGACAUAUAGCAGCCUUUGGAGUUAUCUAUGUCCCGCAACCAAGCCAUGUCUUUGCUAGGAUGUAACUGAUAGGGAAGCCUCCUACCUACAGCAAAGGGUGAGGUCUAGGGUUGCAAGCAUUAAAUGUUAUUGCGUGACAGGCCAGGUAAGACUGCCUGCUCAUCUUGAAACUUUUGAGGUAUGCAAGCUUUUCUAAAAGGUUAAGUCCACCUUUUACAAAAUAACAAUACAUUUGCAGAAAAAAAAUUGCAAUUAUUAUUUUAUUUUUUUUUGCAAAUGAACCUGCACAGCAUUGCAACUGCAAACAGUGGACUGAGGACGCAAUGUCAGGCCCUUGUAGACUCUACUAAAAGCUGUGUCUGUACUAAGUUAUGGACUUUCAGUUAGAUAGCUAGAGAAAGUGUCAAUGGACUUUGAGUGCGAUGAUCAUUACACUUCCAUUGAAAUUACAUCUGUCCGCCAACGAGAUUGUGAUGUCACCGCCAGGUCUCUUCACCUCAUCCAAUCAGAGAGCACUUUGCAUUCAUGAAGAAAAUGGCAAAGCUAGCAACUAGGGUUGUCCCGAUACCGAUACCAGUAUCAGUAUCGGGACCGAUACCGAGUAUUUGCGGGAGUACUUGUA